UGUUACACUGAGGCUCUCUAUAAAUAGACCAGUCUAGAUCUAUACGGGACCGGAAAUCGGCAAAUGUGAAUGUGUGCUAGUGAUUAUAUACGUGCUCAGACAAAGAAGGGUUUAGAAAGGUGCAAGACGAGUGUUUUUGUAAGGGUUUGAAGUGGAGCUUUAGAAGAAAGCAUAAUAUGGUACAACCGAGAGAGGAUACGUACUACCUGUAACGCUGCUUUGUGAAUUGUAUGUAGAGGGCAUAACAGUAUCGCUGUAUCCAAGUCGUGUAUAGUAAAUAUAUAAGAUAUCAUGUGUGUGGCAAUUUGCACAAUCCGAUAAAGACACGCAGAAAUCGUCGGGAAGUUCAGGAUUUCGGAUUAGUAGAAACAAACAAUGGAAGACGAGAAAAAAAUAAAUGUUCAAGGACUGUUUGGAAGACGAGUCAAUUCUAAGCAAGAUAAAUUAGGGCCAGGUAAAGUACCUGGUAAACAUUCUAGUCAAGGUCAGUCUUCCUUACCACUACCUGAUCAUGACGAUUUUGACGUUGAAAUGUUAUGUCUUGCUGCUACAACACCAAGAAAACGGACAGUUCUGAGUCUGGAAACAAAAUUAGAAAUAAUCCAAGCAGUCGAAAGAAAAGAAAAACUUAAAACGGAAAUCGCUAAAGCUUUUGGUAUAACAGGAAGCACACUUACAGGCAUUGUAAAGCAGAAAGAGCAAAUAAUGGAAGCGACCGAUUCGGGGACUUUUUCACCUGCAAGAAAACGUAUGAGACAUGGCAAUUUUAUUGCAGUCGAAGAUGCCCUUUACAGUUGGGUACGAAAAAUGGAAGGAACCACUAUUAACUUUAGACAGGCAGUCUCAGGCGCUAUAUUAAGACAGAAGGCAAACGAGAUCGCAAACAAAUUAGGAGUAACUGGGUUUGUCAGUUCGCCUGGUUUUAUUGAAAGAUUUAAGAAAAGAAAAGGCAUACGAGUGAACGGUGGUGAUUCACCGAGAAUGAGGACAGCUGGAAAUAGGUCUGGAGUUGGAUUAUCAGAUAAUCGAAAUGCUGACCUCAAAAGGUCAGGUUUUACUAAGGAUGGACAUGCUACCUCAUACUUCGCUACAGCGGAAGGAACAACAACUAUGUUGGAAGAGACAGACUCACAAGAAGACAGUAACUUUCAUAUUGAAUUUGUUUUUCAUGAAGCAGAUGGUGCUGGCUAUGUCCAAGAAGCUUCAAAGAGCUCUACACCAAUGCAGUAUAAACAAGGUCAGUUUCAGCACAGAAAUAAAAGAGAUAUAGACAGACGAAUGCCACCAUCAGCUGCAAGAGGCAGUGCUUCAGAAACCCAAACUUCAGGGCAGAAUCUCACCCAGCCAAAACCUACAUCUCGGCCAAUACCAAAUCAAUCAUGUAAUAAAAUUCCUCGUGAUCGCAGCCAGUUUCCAACAAGUGGAGCCAUAGAAGGCCUCAAUGAGACGGAGACUAUGGACGUGACACACGAUGAUCAUGUAUCGGAGAAAGUUGUUGUGAAGGAGGAGCCAGAAUUUGAAGAACUUGGUCCUGAGGAGGCGUUGAAUCGUGACCUUGGUACACUGGAAAGAUUCAGAGAGCAGCAAAAAGAAAUUGAAGAGGCCAACAAACAUAAGAAGGCUCUCUUAUCCAAGACCUUGUCUGAGAGGCAAAAGAAGGCAAGGAAGGAAGCAGAAAAGCUGACCCACAUUCAGAAAGAGUUGAUGAUACUGGACAAUUUACUAAGUGCUGAUGUCACUGUUGUGCGUAAUAGGAUUGAGUUUGCCAGCCGAGAUUACAUGGAGGCCACGAGGCGAUAUGAUAAGGCUGAAAAGGAAUUCAUUGAGGCCAAGUUAGAUUUGCAGAAGAAGUCUGAACUGAAAGAACAGUUGACGGAACAUUUAUACACCAUUAUACACCAAAAUGAAAUCAGGAAAGCUAAAAAGUUGUCUGAUCUCAUGACAGAACUGGAUAUGGAGACCAAAGGAGAACAAUUAUGCAUUGGCAAGCUACCUCCCUUGUCUGCUUUUUCCAGUAUGGGUAUUGCAAAAAUUGCUUCUCCUACAUCUCCAAAAAGCCCAACUAGUGAUAAUGUCCAAGCUGUGAAAACUGAUCGGGGAACCACUUCAGAAAUACCAGUGUCUUCAAGUUCAGAUAAUCUUGCAAGUACUGUAAACAGCUCAAAUUCAACCAGUGCUGAUCAACCAAGGACUGAAACAAAUUUGUCAAAUGUAGUUGUUGACUUAUCCAACGAAAAUUCAACAUUGAAUAAAGAAAAUUCUUGUUCGCCAAACAGUUCAUCAAAGGACAUUCAUGACACAAAUUCUGAACAAAGUGAAUCUCAAGGAAACACGCAAAAUCUUGCUGUAGAAAAUUCAGACAGUAUAAUUGGGGAGGAAGAUUUGACAUUAAAUGAUAACACUGAGCAACCAUCACAUUCAUCGAGUGCAGACGAUUCAUCGAGUUACAAUAGUGCAUUGUCCUCCAAUCUAGGAGGAGACAACUCAUCUGAAUCACCUAAACAUGCAGGAAUUCAGGAUACAGAAGGAACAAUGCCAAGUUCUUGGACUUUAGACUCUGUCAACAUUAAAGAGGAACCUGUGACAUGAAACUAAUACCAAAACUAUGUACUGUUUGUGAAAUGUCUGCUUUAACAGUUUAAUCACUGCCAGAAUGAAACUAGCUAUGCCUUUCAGAAAAUUGUGAAUUCGUUGUCGGAUCAAGUUCCGACAGAAAAUUAAUUUUAUACCGGUUGAUGGUUGAAAGCACUUUCAUCCUAAUUUUAGUUAGAUAGUUUAUGUACUUGAAACUUAUGGGAUAUAGCUUGGCUACAAGAAUUACAUUUAAAAGUAUUUCAUGUAAGUAAUGUCAAUGUUACAGACACUGGUGCAUUUUCUGUACUCCAGCAUUUAUUUUAUAGAAUCUCUUUAAUUUAUAUAAUUUAUGUAAUAUAGAAUGUUUAUGGUGGAAACGCAAGGGGAUUUCAUGGUAAAUUUUCGUUAGAUGUAACAGUUUUAGAAAAUAUCCAAGUUGUUACAUAACUUCUGUGGACAUAUAUUAUACAUACUAUGUAGUGCACAUGGCACCAGUAUAGAGGCAUGUAUACAAAAUGAUCUACAUGAUGUUUGGCAUUAAAUCAUGGAAAAGGUUGUACUUAAAUCUGAUGUAAAUGCAUAUCAGAAAUUAUCAUUCAGUCACAAAUUUAUUGUAAUUUUCAUCACCAAGCUUUUAUACCCACAGUAUUAUUUUGUCCAGCAUGGCCAUUAAGUAUACGACUAACUUUUAAAGUGUAAAUUUUUACAUUUGAAUGAUACUUCUUGCUCUGACAGUAAAAGUUGUAGAAAGUUACUUUUUAACAAAAACAACUAUUUUUUUUACAUGAAAAUGUGUUUUAAAAAAUGCACUUAUCGAGUGAUGUUAAAAUAUUUUACAAGUGUUUGAGUAUGUGUUGAACUCCAUCUCCUGUUUCAUUCAUAAUAAUGCUGGAUAUAUGUCAAGUUAUAGAUGUAGGUAAAAUGAUUUUGACAUUGUUAAUUGAAAGUGGCUUUUAUCUUCUGCUAUGUCAGUAAAGAUCCAACUGCUGUGGUAAAACUAGUGCUACUGAUACUGAUUAAACUGUUAAUGUUAAGUGAAAACAUACUGCUGAUAUCAAAUAUAUCAUCAUACCUGUUACAUUAUCAGAGGUAGAAUAAUCAUGGUGGAUCAUAGAUGUGACAGGUCACAUUGAUUAAAUUGUUCACUUAGACAGCCAUUACAUAUACACUGUCACUGUACAAAAUUAGAUUUAUUCUAUUUUGUUUUAAUUAAAAUACAUUUUAAAAGUCAAUUAAACAGAAUUUGAUAUGAAGUGGAGCCGUUUAAAAACACAAGCGACAUUGAAACCACUGAAAUUACAGGAGCGCUUUUAAUAACAUGUGACAUUGAACUCACUGAAAUUACAGGAGCGUUUUUAAUAACAUUCGUCAUUCAAUAUUUCAUACCUUAUUGUAUGUAGACUAAACAUGUCAGUCUGUUGUGACCGACAUCACUCCGGGUAAAUUCCGCGAUAGCACAAUGUAUUUUACGUCAACUUUUUUUGAUGAUUAAACUAUUAAAGGUACACUACACAACGACUUAUUUUGGCCACAAAAGAAUAUUUUGUCAAUGUUUCAACUUAAACAUAAAUAUGUAUAUUAAUUCAAAUAAUAAUUAAUGUAUAUGUUGAUUGGUGAUGUAGUCCAUCAUCAUGAAACCAUUGGGUGGUAUUGCUGGUUUUAGUUACAUUGUGGGUGUAUAUGUUAUAAUUUGCCAUUCUAUAUUGCCAUUAUUCUAUAGUAGACAUCCUGGUGCCAUUGUUAUCUGAUGUCUGAACAAAUUUCAUUCUUUUUACUUAUUAGGGGCAUUUGUUUAAUGUUAGCUAGGUAAAACCAAACAAAGCUGUAAUGUGUAUGAUAUAUAUGUACCCGUUAUUUGAUAUAAGGUGAUAUUUUGUUUGCUGAUAUCAUGUUUAUGUUUCUUUACAUUAGAGAUACAUACAUGUAUAUAUACAACAUUUAUGCAUUAAAUAUUUUUUGAUGAAAAUCA